AGAAUUAGAAGCCCGUCCUGUUCUGGGAGGGUAGAAAGCAAAGAGAAGUUUGGCACGUUUGUGCUGUGAGUUUGGUGAAGUCCAAGCAUUUGUUGCAUUGGGUUCAUGGUUCUACUCGUCUGGUGAAGGUGAAGUUUCUCUGAAUUAUAUACCAUCAAUCUAGAAGAUGAUCAAUUGGCUCACUCCAACAAUUACAAUGUCGUUCACGCAACGAAGAUCAGCAGGACAAGACAUGGGCUUCUCCGGCUGUAAACGACCGUCAGAACAACUAGGAGCAUCCAAUAAGUCUUCAGGAUUGUUAAGGCUGUACUUUAUUCAUCUUUGACUGCGUCCUUGAGUAGUCGCUUGUGUGGGGGAGUAUCACAGGAAAGCACUCAGCCAUAUUUUUCAAGGAUGCAGCUGAAAGAUGAACUGCGGACAGCUUUAAGAUUGGGACUGGUCAACAUGUUGAAGCUCAUCCUCCUAGUUCCUCUUUUCAUGGGCUCGCUCGCCAUGGCCCGCUUGGGGGAAAAACGAAAUGCGGGAAAUAAACAAGACAUUAUGGCUAUAAAAAGCUCGUGAGCUGUAAUUCGUAAGAUCGAAUAUCUUAAUUUGUCGGCUCAGCAGCGGCAUCCUAUCCUAUCCUAUCCGUUCCUAUCCUAUUGUCGGACUCUGGCGUGCUCAGUCUAUAAGAAGUUUGUUAUUUUUUUGUCAUCCAUCGUGAAUCUAGAGACUUCUCUAAUAUCAAUACCGCAGCAGCACAAGGAGGAUCUGUUGUACCUCCUACAGAUACAAAAACGGAAGGGGUCUUGGGAUCGACUGCGUCAUUUUUCGGAUUUCUUAAGGCUUCUUUAGCAUGCCGUAGCCAUUUUGGCUCAAGGACAACCCACUAACAACCACCAUAGGGAAAGAAAUCCAAAAGUGACCUCGUGCCCCCGUCUCCAGCUGUCUACACGACAGCUACCACUGAAAGACUAUUAACUUGGCUCUAUUGUUAUAUUUUUUUGUCCAAAGAAACUGAAGGAUCUUGGUCUUCUUCGGUUCAAAACAUUAAUGGGAUUCCAUAGCCAUGUUAAAGCUCAUUAGACUUAGAGAAAGUGAGUCCAUAUUAAAAUUCUUUAAAGAGAUUUGAGGUUUGUGUUUGAUCCUUCCUUCAGGCUACUCACAGAGACCACUAUGCACUUUUCCUCUUCCGAAACUCUAGCGAAACACAACACUUUAUUUUUUUGGCAUAUCAAUAAAUCACUUGCGUCUGAUCCUUGAAAUUCUACAACCAAGAGAAGCGGAAAUGUUGGAAACGUGGAGCACGUUUGUUGGCGAUUUCGGAAGCAGAAAUAUUCGGAAUAAUGUUUUUUGUUUCUGGUAGGAAUUUUUCCUACGGGAAACUGAAGAAUUUCAGAAAUCUGGAUGAAGGCGAAGCGGAAAAAGGGAGCAGGCGAUCCGG